CUGGCCCUGCUCCUUGGAAGCCUCCCGUUUUGCCUUCCUCAUGAUUCCCAGAUCACUGAGCUGUUUCAAGCCUCUUGUUCCUACUCAUCCUCAGAGCCACCUACCUGGUUCCCAGGCCAGCUUCACCCUGUGCCUUCCACUGCCCUGAAGGCAGCCAGGAAGGACUUCAUGCGUUUUGUACCCUCCUGACCACAGUCCUGAUCCCUGUCCUAUUCAAGCCUUCCAGACACCUGCAGGGGUCUUGGGGUCCUAGGAAAAGAGAGAAAUGGGGUUCCAGCAGCUGGUUUAGAACUCCUCUCAGCCAUCUGCCAUGGCACAGGGCCUGCCCAGCACUGCCUGCCUAGCACGUUUCUGCCAAAAGCUAAACCGUCUAAAGCCACUGGAAGAGUCCAGGAUGGAGACAUCACUGCGACGCUGCCUGUCCACACUGGACCUGACCCUAUUGGGUGUGGGUGGCAUGGUGGGCUCAGGGCUCUAUGUCCUCACAGGAACGGUGGCCAAGGACAUGGCUGGCCCUGCUGUGCUUGUGUCCUUCCUGGUGGCCGCUGUGGCCUCCCUGCUGGCAGCCCUAUGCUAUGCAGAAUUUGGAGCCCGUGUGCCACGCACGGGCUCUGCAUACCUGUUCACCUAUGUAUCUAUGGGUGAAAUGUGGGCAUUCCUGAUAGGCUGGAACGUGCUUCUGGAAUACCUCAUUGGAGGUGCUGCAGUGGCUCGUGCCUGGAGUGGCUAUUUGGAUGCCAUCUUUAACCACAGCAUUCGCAAUUUCACAGAGUCGCACCUGGGUGUCUGGCAGGUGCCCUUCCUGGCCCACUACCCAGAUUUCCUGGCUGCUGGCAUCUCACUUGUGGCUUCUGCCUUUGUCUCUUGUGGUGCCCGAGUCUCCUCCUGGCUCAACCACACCUUCUCAGCCAUCAGCCUGAUUGUCAUUCUUUUUAUGAUCGUCCUGGGCUUCAUCCUGGCCCGCCCCCACAACUGGAGCCCAGAGGAGGGAGGCUUUGCACCCUUUGGCUUCUCUGGCAUCAUGGCGGGCACAGCCACCUGCUUCUAUGCCUUUGUGGGCUUUGAUGUCAUUGCUGCCUCCAGUGAGGAAGCCCAAAACCCACGGUGGGCUGUGCCAAUGGCCAUUGCCAUCUCUCUUGGACUAGCAGCUGGUGCCUAUAUCCUGGUCUCUACUGUGUUAACUCUCAUGGUGCCUUGGCACAGCCUGGACCCUGACUCAGCACUCGCUGAUGCCUUCUACAGGCGGGGCUACAGCUGGGCAGGCUUCAUUGUGGCGGCUGGCUCCAUCUGUGCCAUGAAUACGGUCCUUCUCAGCAACCUCUUCUCCCUGCCACGCAUCGUCUAUGCCAUGGCUGCUGACGGGCUCUUCUUCCAGGUGUUUGCUCGUGUGCACCCCCGGACACAGGUGCCUGUGGUGGGAAUCCUGGUGUUUGGCGUCCUCAUGGCUUUCCUGGCCCUGCUGCUGGACCUUGAGGCAUUGGUCCAGUUCCUGUCCAUAGGCACCCUCCUGGCCUAUACCUUUGUGGCCACCAGCAUCAUUGUGCUGCGUUUCCAGAAAGCCUCUCUGCCCGGCUCCCCUUGUCUGGCCAGCACUGGCCGCACAGCUAAGAAGUACGACUCCUUCUCAGACCAUAUACAGCUAGUGAGUGCUGCAGAGAAAGAGGACUUGAUGUCUGAACCUGGGCAGCUGAGACCAGCCUUGAGGCCCUUCCUGGGCUUCCUGGAUAGAUGCAACACUGGAGCUGCUGUGGCUUGGGCUCUUGGCAUCUUGGUAGCCUCAGCCAUUUCUCUGGGAUGCGUGCUGGUCUUUGGGAACUCAGAUUUGCACCUCCCACAGUGGGGCUAUGUCCUGCUGCUGGUCAUCAGUGGUGUUGUGUUUCUGCUCAGCCUCCUGGUCCUGGGGGUUCACCAGCAGCAACACAAGCAAGAUACUUUCCAGAUCCCCUUGGUGCCCCUGACUCCAGCCCUGAGCAUCCUUCUCAACAUCUGCCUCAUGCUGAAGCUGAGCUACCUGACCUGGCUGCGCUUUGUCAUCUGGCUGCUGAUUGGACUUGCCGUGUAUUUUGGCUAUGGCAUCUGGCACAGCAAGGAGAACCAGCGGGAGCCAUUGGAGCUGACUACCUCACAAUAUGUGAUAUUCCCCAGUGGCAGCCUAGAGGAAACAGUCCAGGCUGUGCAGCCUGCUAGCCAGGCAGCAGCCCAGGAACCAGGAUGCACAGAGUAACUGGCCAGUCUAUGAGACUGGUUCACGAUGGACCCACUUCCAUCACUUCAUUGAGAGGCCAGAAGAAAUGGCAACUACCUAUCCAAGGCUGCUUGGGUUUGAAGCAUGCCUAGACUGGGCUGGACUGUUCUCAGGACCUUUACCCAGGAACUGAGCCUCCAGUCUUCAUGGAAAGGGCUGUGAUCAGCACUGGUGUGGACUUGUUGUCCAGUGCCUUCCUGUUUAUGACUUACUCUGGAUACCUGGACAGGUGGGGCAGAAUGGGCAGGGAAGAGGCUUCAGCCCCUGGGACCCAUAAUAAUAACUACUCAGUUAGCCUUAUGACCAGCAAUGACAUACACUUUUGCAUUCUUUGCGGACUGAGUUCUCACCUGCUCCAGAACCAGGAAGUUUGUCCCCAGUCCACAGCAAAGACACUGAAGUUCUGCAAAAGUAGCUCUGGGAAGGGGAGCUAUGUAUAUAAUAUGAAGAGGGACUUAUGACAAGAACAGGGACAGCUUCACCAUAUGUCCUCCAUAAGGGUGUGUGUGUGUAUGUGUGUGUGUGUAAUAGAAGUAGUAGUAAUGUUGGUGCUAGAGUUGGAAGCCAGAGCUUUGUGAUUACCAGGCAAAUACUCUAUCAUUGACCUACAUCCCCCCGCCCUUUGUAAGGGGCUGUGUGUGUGCGCACAUACACAUGCACACACACACACACACACACACACACACACACGUGGUAGUGGUGGAUGGAUAGAAGCCAGGGCCUUGUGAUUACUAGGCAAAUAAAUACUCUACCAUUGA